AUGUGGAUACCUCACACUAUACCAAGAACCACUUUUAAUUUGUUCACGCCGUCAAAUGAUGUUUUAUUUUUGCCCAACGAGAUCCGACGUGGUAUCAAGUCCGAAGAUUUCAAUUGGACAAGGCGCGUGCCAACGGAAUUGAAGUACAUGUGUUUGAAUACCAUUGCGAAUAACUUCAGAAAAUUUCCCAAAGAUCUGUUCCAAAGAAUCACUCCCAUGAACACGGUUUACUUGACCGAAACGCUAGACACGGGUUUGCCAUUAUCGGCGGUCACACGUGUACCGGAUGGCGAAUACUGGAAACGAAGGUGCGAUGACAAUUGGCCGGAUUUCAGUAAAACUCAACCGAACGUUAGCUCUUACAAAAUUACAUUCAUAAGUGAGUUUGUAUCGAAAACCAUCGAAAACCUGACACCGGGCUACGUGGACCGAGCGGAAUUGGCCGAAUUGUUGACGGCUGCCAGCCCCUACAUGACGGUUUUGAGCUGCUCGCAGUUGUGCAUCCCAGGGUCUCUGUUGCACGAGUUGGACAUGGCGGAAAGGGAUGAACUGCCCGGAGAACCGGUCCACGUAGAUAUAGGUUUUGUAUUGCGCCAUUUGACCGGACUGCGAGAGGUGAAGUUGGUUUACGGUGCUAAGAGCCUCAACGGUGUGGAUUACACGCCCGACCAAUACAAGUUCAACAUAGAAGACAUGGACGUGUUGGGUCGUGGUCUUAUCACAAUGAACUAUUUGACUAGCCUGGCUAUCGUCAAGAGCGAUUUAGACGUGGUCAAGUUUAACCGGCUAUCGUUGUAUUUGGUAAAUUGUCCCGGUCUGGAACGAGCAGAUUUUUCCUACUGUAAGAUGGACUCCUCGGCGACAAAGUCCGUAGCCAACUAUGCUAAGGUAGCGAACAAUUUACGGUCGAUUAAUCUUUUCUGUAACGAUAUCAGUCCCGACGGAGUCGAAGCGUUAGCGUACGUUGCUUUGUGGAGAAGACGGAACAACAUGAUAGCUUUGGGACUAAAUCUAGGUAUGAAUAAUAUCAAUGACAUUGGCGCUCAUUACUUGGCCUCUGCUAUAGCAUCGGGUAUGCAACCGUUUAGUGAGCUUCGGAUACGUAACUGUCGAAUAACCUGCGUCGGAGGAUUAAGCAUUGUGCAUUCACUCGAAUAUGAUCAAGGGUUGCAAACUUUCCAAAUAGAUAAUAAUUUGGUAGGACCAGAAGUAGCCGUUGAAUUGCAUAAGCUGUUCCGAAAUAAUACUAACAUAAAAUAUUUAUCGGCUCAUAAUUGUGAAUUUCCUUUGAAAUUGGAAAAGUUUUUAGAACGUGUGGCUUUUUGCAAUCUACGUGAAAAGCGUUCAACGUUAACUUAUUUAGACCUCGAAGACUUAAUAACACCCGAUUAUGAACCAAUAAUAAAUUCUGAAGAAUUAGAUAAAAACAAUGAAGAAUAUGAAAUAAAAAGUGAAUGA